UGGAGUUUAGACCAGCGGUUAGUGAUGUUAAUGCGCGGUUCGCUUCUGAAGGAAAGUCAUCAGAGCGAUGCACACAAUGCAGUCGCGGCCCAGGCACCAGACUUUCACGUGCGCCAGACGACCGCGGUCACAGUGACGUAAAUCUACCAUCCCCAUCUUCCCAUAGUCGUGUUGCUACGACUUCACUGCACACCCUCUGGGCCACACAUUCCCUCAACCAUGGUAUCUCUACAAAAUAUCACGGGGCGCGUCCCCAGUCUUCUCCUCACCACGCUAUCCUCAAAAGCGUCCUGCCGACAAAUAUUACCUUCAAUUCCUGAUGGCAGAUACUAUUCUGAUGCGAGUUCUAAAACCUCAAACCCGGUAAAAGACGAGGCUCAAAAGGUCGGCGGCAAGACUUCCGACGAUCAAAAGCCCAAGAAAAAGACGCAAGCUGAGCUCGACGCGGAGUUGAUGGCAAAGAUGGCCGGACUCGACGGCGAGGGAGGAGAAGCCGGGAUCGAAUAUGAGGACGGAAAGCCAGCGUCAAUGAAGAGAAGCGUGAAGAACAACAUGUUCCGCUACAUAUGAUCAUGCGAUCCUUCGAAGUCUCUGCCGAAUAGAGUCGACCUUUGAGAAGAUACCCGGUGCUCACGUAUAGCAUGACGAUAUUUCCAGAUCAGGAGAUAUCGUGAGUGUCUGAGAGACUGCCAUGCCACUGCCACGAUGCGUGGCGUUCUGAAUGAAGAGCUUCAUGCGGGUAGCACAAUUAACACAAGCGGACAUCGUCCAAGCAACCGUUGUCUGGGGUUCCCAAGUCCUCAAGACCCUGAGCGCAUCCUCACUAUAGAUUUGAGUAGCCCUGCAAUUAUCCAGCUUGAGACCCAUAAGGAAAGCUUUGUGCUUCUCAUACAUUGUGGUAAGACCCGAAGUUGCGAAAACUUUGUAGUUGUAGGUGCAUAUAUCGAGUCUGAAUGCGCCAGCAUUCAAACGUGGUGAAUGACAAUACGCUAAGGCGGACCAUUUGAGUAA